AAUUGCAUUAGUGAUGAAUAAUGUAUCCAUGACGAUCCAUGACGAAUUUAAAUUGGCAUGUGACUUGCAAUUGAAUCACAUUCAUUGAAUCAUGCUGUUUUGAAACGCAGUUUCGAAAGAGUAUGUACUGUAAUUUCGAGUUAAAUUUGGUCUUAAGUGCAAGUUUUCGAGACUGAGAAAUGAAAGGGCCAAAACCAAAGGUCAAGGCCAAGGCCAAGGGAAGGUGAGUCGAGUUUUAAAUCAGCCGGCCCGCGUAGUCGUACGUUAGGUCUACGAAAUAUGGCUGCGUAAGCAUUUCUUGGUUUGGUUUUAAUAUUGGUGUGAAUUUUUCAUCAGAAAUUUUCUUAUCUAAAAGCUAGGCAUGCCGAUUUUUGAACAAGAAGCUAGUUUACACUAUCACAAUUUCUGUGACACAACAGUGGGAAUUUUGCACAGGUAAGUUUUGAAUGAAGGAUUUAAGGGAACUGACUCGGCGUUUUGAGCAAAUUAAGGAAACUGGCUCAGUGUUUAUAUAUAAACACUGAGUUAGUUCCCUUAAAUCCUUCAAAACUAUAAGAAUUUACCUAUGCAAACUGCCAAAAGUCCUAUACUGUGAUCACAGAAUCUUUGGUAGCGUAAAAUAGCCUUUAGACUACAUGUCUGUGAGUGUGAGCUGUAUAUACAGGUAUAGCAUUAUAGGAAGACAUCGAAAUCCGACAAAAGCAAAUAUAAAUUCGUGUAAUAGAACUUGUCAAAACGACAAAAGUUGCUUGUAAUACCACUCACAAGAAAAUGAACUUGUCAAUUAGCACACUUGGGGAACGGAAAACUGGUCAAGUGAGGCUAAAUUCGUUGUCGGAACGGGACUUACAGUAUUAUAUAAAGCGGUUUAUGCAUGCAAUUGAGAACUCUGCGAAUGACAUGCUCAUGGUCAUGGUGACUUCACACUCGCCAUUUUAAUUCUUUGAAACACAGAUCAAAUACGAUAUAGUCAUCAAACUGUUCACGAUCUAGAGUAAGCUUUUGGGUCGGCGUGUUUUGACCAUAAAUUUGAUGCAUUUGCAGGUAUCAAAAAUUAAUAAAAUAUUAAUAUUAUUGAAAAUAUAUAUGUAUCAUAUUGCUCAUUAGCAUUCAAAUUGACGAUGCCGGCUCACUGAGACGUGGUAAGAAUGACGUGGCAAAAACAUGCAAUAUAGACCAUAUAUAUAAUGACGUCACAAGGCUUGAUGCCGGCGAGGAAUGCUGGUCUUAGUAGCCAUAACCAGGGAAAAUUAAACAAUUCAAAAUGCCCACUAUCGAAAUUCACCCUCAUCCCAACACUAAACCAAACCCUAACCAGAUUAGUCGAAGAAAAAUGAAAUUGAAAAACCACUGAGCUAUCAGUGCGAGUUUAGGCAGCAGUCAUUAUUAACGCAUCUAAAUCGUUAAUUUUCCAUUUGAUCAAGUUCAAAUUUUGCACGUUUUUUUAUGAAUAUUAAAAGAUAGUAUUAAUUUUUGUUUCUUUUUAGUUAAAUUUACCAAAUCAUAACGUGUUCAUUCAAAAAGCUACUUAUCACAGUAAACCUAUUAUUGUUCAGGCAUGUAUUAUCCACAUGAUAAAAAUACAUUGUUCGGCCAUGCUGACCAUACCCCGUCACCAGUUUUGGUAAAAUUGAAGCUACUAAAUGGAAAUUACAAUUUUGCACGUGACCUUGAUCGACAAGAUAACCAGUAUAUUUCUUAUACUAUUUUUAUCCUACUGAUGUUACCGUACCUAAACGGGUUACAGAAAGACAUCAAUAUAUUGAAGAAAAAGUUACAACAUUACAAAGAUGAAAUAAAGAAGUUGAAAGAAGAAAGCUAUGUACUAUUAUCAGUAGCACUAUUUCAUUCUUAUUGUCUUCAGUUAAACUGGCCAUGGUGUUGUCGUGUGUUAUUAUUAUCAUCAGUAGUAUUUCAAUCUUACUGACUUCACUGAAACUGGUGUUUCCGUAUGCUAUUAUUUUUAGUGGCAAUAUUUCAUUCUUUAUAUACUUAGUGGACGUGAUGUACAUGUUUGCUCUUAUUAUUAUUAGUAUUAUUUCAUUCUUAUUGUCUUUAGUGAAGCAAGUGUUCUCGUAUCGUAUUAUUAUUAGUUGCAUUAUUUCAUUCUUACUGUCUUCAGGUAAACUGGCCAUGGUGUUCUUGCAUGGUAUUAUUAUUAGUAUUAGCAUUAUUUCAUUCUUACAACCUCCAGGGGAACUGGUGUACUUGUGUGCUUUUACUAUUUUUAAAAGUAUUAUUUCAUCCUUGGAGCUCUCAGUUGCACUGACUGUGGUGUUCUUGUAUGCUAUUAUUACUAAUAGUAUUAUUUCAUUACUGUCUUCAGUGAAACUGGUGUUCUCCUAUGCUAUUAUUAUUCUUAGUCGCAAUAUGUCGUUCUUACGGUCUUCAGUGAAACUGGUGUUCUCGUAUGCUAUUAUUAUUAUUGAUAGUAUUAUUUUAUUCUCACUAUCUUUGGUGGAAGUGUUGUUCCCGUUUGCUAUUAUUAUUGGUAGUGUUACUACACUCUUACUGUGUUUGUUGCUAGUGGUGUUCAUGUUCGCUAGUAGAUUUAGUAACAUUAUUUCACUCCCACAGUCUUUGGUGAUACUGGUGCUCUGGUGUGUUAUUUCAUAUAUUAGUAACAUUUUUUUUAGUCAUAUUAUUGUAUUAUCACCGUCUUCAAACUCAAAGGUCUUAAUCAGUAUAUUGAAGGAAAUAUUACUGAAUCUCAAAAAUAAAAUACAGAAGUUGGAAAAAGAAAAGUAUGCCUCACAGUUGUUGAAAGUAUAUCAAUUGCUGGACCUAUUAAAGGUACUAUGGGCCGUGUACAAUGAUAAGCAAAGACAACUUACGGUUGACGACCAACAAGUCCAGUACCAAAUAAAUACUGAUCAACACAAUGUAACGGUUGACAAGCAAGAGCUCACUAAAGUCCAGUACCAAAUAAAUACUGAUCAACAGAAUGCAACGGUUGAGAAGCAAGAGUUCAUUAAAGUCCAGGAACAAUUAAAUACUGAUCAACAGAAUGCAAAGGUUGACAAGGAAAAGUUCAUUAAUGUCCAGGAACAAUUAAAUACUGAUCAACAGAAUGCAAAGGCUGACAAGCAAGAGUUCAUUAAUGUCCAGGAAGAAUUAAAUACUGAUCAACAGAAUGCAACGAUUGACAAGCAAGAGUUCAUUAAAGUCCAGUACCAAAUAAAUACUGAUCAACAGAAUGCAACGGUUGACAAGGAAGAUUUCAUUAAAGUCCAGGAACAAUUAAAUACUGAUCAACAGAAUGCAACGAUUGACAAGCAAAAGUUCAUUAAAGUCCAGGAACAAUUGAAUACUGAUCAACAGAAUGCAACGGUUGACAAGCAAGAGUUCAUUAAAGUCCAGGAACAAUUGAAUACUGAUCAACAGAAUGCAACGGUUGACAAGCAAGAGUUCAUUAAUGUUCAGGAACAGUUAAAUACUGAUCAACAGAAUGCAAAGGUUGAGAAGCAAGAGUUCAUUAAUGUCCAGGAACCCAGGAACAAUUAAAUACUGAUCAACAGAAUGUAGCGGUUGUCAAGCAAGAGCUCAUUAAUGUUCAGGAACAAUUAAA